GAAUAAGUAAAUAAAACACGAUUUUUAUGAAAUAUAAAAAUGCAAAUAGAUAAGAAUUGAAUACCUCUGCAUACAGAUAGUGUCAAAAUUAUUGUGUAAUAUUGUUCAGUGUAGUGUGGAUUUACAAACUAGAACCAUAUAGGCCUACAAGUGAUUUUGGAAGUAGUGCAUCAUAAUGAACAGAUUUUUAGUUUUGAUUUUGUUAGCAGAAAGUUUCAUCGGUUCCGAUUCAAAUAAUAUUCCCAAAGUUCACUUGAAUGAUGGCGUAGUAACUGGAACGAUUUACCAGACUGUUUAUGGACGCAGUAUUUACGGAUUUUUCGGUGUACCAUACGCUGCCCCUCCAAUAGGUGAUAAUCGAUUCGAGUCGCCUAAAUCGGUGAAACCCUGGAUCGGCGAAUGGAAUGCUACAAUUCUACCGACUCUUUGCUUACAAUAUACUCACAUUAAUUAUGCCAUUGUAGGAGAAGAAGAUUGCUUAUAUUUGAAUAUUUACACUCCUGAAUUACCCAGUGAAAAAUCAAAAUUACUCAAUGUCGUUGUAUAUUUUCACGGCGGAGCCUUCAUGUUUGGAAGUGGAAACGAAAAAAAAGCAGAUCAUUUACUCAAACAAAAUGAUAUCGUUUACGUAAGCGUCAAUUAUCGCGUUGGAACUUUAGGUUUCCUCAGCACCGGAGACGAAAUAAUUCCAGGAAAUUUCGGUUUGAAAGAUCAAAGUAAAGCUUUACAAUGGAUCAGAUCGAAUAUCGCUAAUUUUGGCGGCAACCCUUCUCAAGUCACCAUUACUGGAAUGUCAGCCGGAGGUGCCAGCGUCCAUUAUCAUUUUCUGUCACCGAUGAGCGAAGGUUUAUUUCAACGAGGCGUAUCUCAAAGUGGAUGUACUCUGGUAUCGUGGGCGCAACCUAAAAAUGUCCCAGAAAAAAGUAAACGUUUGGCUAAUUUACUCGGUUGUCCCACUCAUUGCACCAAACAAAUGCUUAAAUGCUUGAAAGCGAGACCGGCUAGAAGAAUCGUCGAAAGCGUCAAAGAAUUUAUGCCUUGGCGGUAUAACCCAUAUUCACCUUUUGGGCCUGUUGUCGAACCACCUGGACCAAAAAGUUUCCUAUCGGAAAAACCGAUCGAUAUAAUUCGUCAAGGUAAAGUGAAAAAUAUCCCUUGGUUGAUCAGUGUAACCGAAGAUGAAGGACUAUACCCAGUUGCAGAUUUUCUUUAUGAUGACCAGCUAAUGAAGGAAGUGGAUGAAAACUGGAAUAACAUAGCUCCUCACUUAAUGGAUUAUAAUUAUACAGUUGCUCCAGAACUUAUAAAUUCAGUCAACGAACAAAUUCGUCAACACUUCUUAGGAAAUGAAAAAAUUUCACCAGCUAAUUACAAACCUUUAACAAAACUGGUGGGAGACAGGCUAUUCACUGCUUACAUUGAAUUUGCUAUUCGAGAACAAGCAAAAUUUAAUUCUGCUCCAAUUUAUUAUUAUAAAUUUAAUUACAGGGGCAAAUAUAGUCUUUCUGAAUUUUAUUCCAACAGACGUGAAAAUUGUGGAGUCAGUCAUGGAGACGACCUGCAGUAUGUUUUAAAGGUAUCUUAUGGACAUCCUCAUGAAGAAGCUACCGAUCAGAAAAUGGUGGAUUUUAUGCUUAAUCUUUGGUUAUCGUUCAUCGAUUCCGGGAAACCUCAAAUAGAAAAUAUCUCGUGGUCUCCGGUUUCAAAAACUCCGGCAAAAGAUGGAAUCACGUAUUUGCAAAUAAAUUCUCCUUUCGAUGCGAGAAUAGAAAAUAGCAAAGAUACGAGCGUAUUUGACUUUUGGAAUUCUUUAUUGCACGAAUAUGAUGUACAAGACGAACCUCUACGAGGAGACGAAUUAUGAAUCAUGGGUUAUUGACUCAAUUUUUCGUACUGACAAAAUAAAUUAUACUCAAUUUAAAUUACAUUAUACCUAUUAUUGUUGAAUUCUUCGCAAAUAAUCCGGAUUAUUUCAUUAUUCUUUUAUAAAACCUAAUUUAGAUGCAAUGCAAUGUGGUGAAUAAAUAAACUAAGUAUUAGAUAAAGUUGUACUCAAUUUAGCUAGUUAAUUCGACCAUUUAUGGUGUCCAAAGAUUAUCUUUCCAUUAUUUCAGACAAAUAAUACUGUGUUUGGAUUUAGUUACCUUAAUAAAUAGAAAAAAAUA